AUGACGGGCGAAGAGUUCAAGCUUUCCACACCUCCACCCUCCAUACCUCCACCCAUACUCAAAGAAAUAAAACCAUGGCGAACGGGUAAACAAGACAUCGAUAUCAGCAUCAUCGUUAAGAGGGUCGUCAAGCACAUCAGCGAAGAAGCUCCGCGCGACGAAGGCCUCAAAAAACUAUUCCAUGAAGGCGGAUGGAUUCUGGGGACAGAUAUUUCCGACGAAGAGUGGACUUGUGAUUCGUGUAAUGGAAAGUGGACUGGGGAUAAUGCUCUAUGUCCAAAAGAAGGUUGCAAGGGUGUCAACUUCUGUAAUGACGUUGAAGACGAUGAAUGGGACGUAGUGUGGAAGAAGGUCAGUGAGGAGAGUAUACAAUAUCGGAAGAGAUAG